AGAUCAGAGGCUGUAUUCUAUUUAUUUUUCAGGAUUUGCGGAUAAUCAAUUCAGUCAAACAGAUGAUCCAAAAGUUGGAAAUCGUGUUUAUCUCGUUGGAGAGUCAGGGACGGAAUUCGCUUGCCCUGUACACAGAGAUGGUACAACAGAGAUGCAGAUUAUGUGCUAUACACCAAAUGGAAUGCAAGAAGAGAACUACUAUGUGAGGGUUGUGGUCCAUGGACAGGCUGUCCCUGAUGGCUUCCUCUGCAAUGGCAGGCCAACAAGCAGUAGUUGUACAUACAAGCCUAGAGCAUCUGAAACUCCCACUGUAGAUUCUCUGUCUCCACACUCGGGAAUGCCAGGAACACUUGUAACAAUGACAGGGAAACUGAUAAGUGAUAGAUACGGAAGUAACCUAGCUAGUGCCACAAAUGGUAGAUCUACAAAACUUCUACGAGUGUAUGUGGGGCCUCAGGAUUGCCAACUGAAGGAGGGAGAUAACUUUUUUGGUUUGGCUCUGAACGGCGAGGACACAGAUCAUGGCUCUUUGACCUGCAAGUAUAAGGGAACCUCAGUCGGAUUCUAUAAUGCCAGUUUCAUUUUGGAAGCACCCUUUGGCAGAUCUCUGGCCAAUGCCCAAGUGUACAGGGUCUCCUACAAUGAUCAACUCUACAUGUACCAAUCAUAUACAAACAUCACUUCAAUCAGUCACUCCAGUGGAAGUACAGCGGGAGGUCUGGUACUCACAAUCCAUGGCAGUCACUUUGACAAUCGCCUUCCGUAUGUCCAACCCAGGGCAUACAUCGGAGACACUGUAUGUGAGGUGACCAAUGUGGAAGUAGACCAGUAUGUUGAGUGUCGAGUUGCUGCUGACCCUGGUAACAUGGCAACCAAGUUUUCCGGCAACAGGGGCAUUAACUUUGAAUACUGGACUGGCACCUCCAAGGCCAAUGCAGACAUUGACAGCAUCCUUACAAUGACCUCCUCUGAUGCCAACUACAAUGCUGAAUGGCUCGACGAAACCUACUUCUAUGAUGCGCAAGCUAGAGAUAACUACGUGAGCAGAAUGACGAUGUUUUUCACCGCCCCCCACAGUGGGGAGUAUUCCUUCUGGCUUCAUGCUGAUGACGCAGCAAGGCUGUUUGUUGAUGGCGUGUCUGAAGUGACAUCAUUGAACUCGUGGAGGGAGUCACGUAGGAUGACACUCAGUCAGGGUCAAAAGUACCUGUUGCAAGUUGUUCACAUUGAGAGCUUGGGCGACUCCUUCAUACACCUGAACGUGAAAUAUUUCGGCACAAAUUUCACAAGCGCAUGGACAGGGAAAGCAGAGCAAGAAAAACAGACCAUCUCUAUAACCUCCACUGUGGCGUAUGAUGUGCAGCAACUUGAAUUUUCUGAUUUUGCAAAUCAAUCACAUGUCCAAGAGGUGCAGACCUUGGUAAUAACAGCUGGAGAUGGGGAAUUUAGAAUUGGCCUUUUUGGUGUUUAUACAGAGCCUCUGUCACUGGACAUGGUUGACACAGAUAUAUCUGCUGCUCUAAGCAAGCUGCCAUGUUUUGGUAGUCAGGAGUCUGUUUUGGUAACCAGGCAGCAGACAGAAGUGCCAACAUACACAUUGCAGUUCAUCUCAAAACGAGGGGAUUUCCCAAAUGUGACACUCUUGGAGGUAAACAUGAACUCUAGCCUUGAAUAUUCUGUCAGUGAAGAUACAAAAGGGGAGCCAGAUGUUAAAUCUGUGGCCUUGACAUUUGAUGGAACGGUCAGCGAACCAUUUUCGAUAAGUGAUCUUAGCUUGUCACUGAUAAAUGGAGUUGUCACAAGGAUGUUUGAAGGCAAGUGCCCCAAGGCUUUUGAGGGUCCGGGAAAGGCAGCGUUCUAUGAGAGUUUUGAGACUGGUUCAGGACAGUACAGUGGACAAGUCACCAGGGAGAGUGAACCAUUCUGUGGUCGAUACUCACUGAAAAACCCAUACAGGAUCUUCAAGGUGGCAGCUGAUAAGCCUGGCAUAAUGCUGUCACAGUUUGGUAAACUGUGCCUUGCCUACAAGGGGUUUCUACAGCAGUAUGUGGGGGUGGUGAUAUCACUCAGAAAGGCCUCUGAUGGGCAAAUGGCCAACUACACAAAAUACUAUGAACAUACCUUCAAAACAGAUUCUGAUCAGGAAUCUACCACUUGGUAUUACACUUGCAAGGACAUUUAUGCGCUGGUUCACGACCAGUACCCUGCUGAUAUCGAGCACGCAGUCCGGGAGGUGUUUGUGUACAGUCAGAGCCCCCAUAAACCUGCCUAUGUUGAUGCUGUGUACAUCGGACGCGAGGAAAUAACGUCAGAUGAGGACGCACAUUUCCAACGUUUACCUCCUGCUAUGCCCAACGGGGCAGUUAUUGGAGAGGUCACUGUUACCGAGGUAACACCUUCCAAGUUCGAGGUGACAAUGAAGCCUUAUAAAUGUGGCUUUGACUUUCCACUGAUUGAGCUGGCUAAUGCACAGGUUACGGCUGGUAACAUGAGCAAAGGAAGCUCCAUGGCAACCAUGCAGCUUAGCAACAGCGGUGGACCUGGGGUGUUCAAGGUCACAAGGUCGUCACAGGCGUCUCCACCUGUCACUGGGGAGAUCGCUGUCACCUUUAAGGGGAAUAGCCGAACUGGUCUCAACGUAUCCCUUGGGGAGUAUGAAUUCCAGCGUGAGCUGGAGUCAGUCAAUGGUAUUGGCUCCCUGAAUGUGAAUAAGCAGGGAACCUGUGCCAAGUUUGACCUCAUUGUGACAUUCCUGUCUCUCGCUGGCGACCAACCAGAAAUGACUGUAACCUAUGGCAAUCUGAAUGGCGUAGAUGCUGCUGGUACCAUGACAACCAACACCAAUGGUGGGCUGAAUUAUGACCCCCUGAUGGGUGACCUAGUUUCUACCGUGCACUCUGACCCCCAGGUCCGUCUCUAUAUCAACGACAUGCCAACCAAGUGUGGUGGGGACUGCUCCUUCAACUGGGAUACCUCCUCCACCCCCACUGUGACUGGGGCAUCUCCCUCUUCAGGCACCUCAGCUCUGAGCACUGCACUAACAGUCACCGGCACAGGGUUCAUACCUACUGCUGGAAAGAACAAGGUCACCAUUGUGGGCAUAGAAUGCACAGUAACCAUGGCAACAGCGACCAGUAUCACAUGCAAUGUGGGUAAUGGUCCUGUAGGGGCCCAUCCAAUCAUUGUCAAUGUGGAGGGCAAAGGCAUAGCAAGGGGGCUUGUGGAGUUCACCUACACUGCAAAUAUCACUGGAAUAUCUCCUACCAUUGGUGGUCUUGGAGGAGGAAUAAUCCUUACCAUAGCAGGCUAUGGUUUCACAAACAACUCAGAUGUGACUGUAAAUGGAGCAACAUGUGAAGUACAGUCUGUAGUCCCUGAUGAAAUUCUAUGCAUUCUUCCCAACUCUGUAACAGCUGGAACAUUUGAUGUUGAGGUCACACAGGGUACCACAUUGACCCACUCUGGCUUCACCUACAACCUGACCUUGACCCCAGAAGUUCUCUCCAUUACUCCUUCAACCCUCUCUGGACAACGAGGAACGCUAAUGAUUUCUGGUAGUAAGUUUGGGCCCAGUCAGGGCACCGUCUACCUGGCAGACCAAGAGGCCACAGUUAUCUCAUGGAGUGACACGGAUAUCGCCAUAGAUGUGGAGGUAACAGUAGCUGGUGACCUCCCCCUGCUGAUAAUGAUAGACACUGGCCUGGCAGUAAAUAGUUCAAACAACAUUCCCCAAGUGACAGUGGACCUGAGGAUCACCAAUGUGUUCCCGCUGCAAGGCUCCAUUCAAGGGGGAACUACUCUGACCAUCACAGGCUCUGGGUUCGGUACCAACGACUCCCUCAUUGAGGUCAAUGUUGGGGACUUGCAGUGUGAUGUGACAUCAGUAACCAACACUCAGGUCUUGUGUGAUAUUGAACAAGGCGGGAGCAUUCAUCGUAUCACCAAUAAAGGAACAAGUCCAGCGUUUGGUGUCUUCUAUGCGUUUGACGAACCGUUCAUCACCAUUCAAGUUGGAGACUUUGUCCAUUGGUCUUGGGAGACGCCUGCCUUUGUGAGUAAUGUUGCACACGCUAUAAUCCAGGUGGACACCCCAAGCUCCAUUGUGGCAAAACCAGGCGGGUUUUCAAGCGGAACACCAACCAAAAAUGGUAACUUCCAGUACCAGUUCACCUUGGCUGGAACCUACUACGUGUGGAGCGGCUUUGUGGACGAGUGGGGCAUCAAAAAUUAUGUGGGAACAAUAGAAGUGGUACCAGCUGUGCCACGUCUUGUUCAGGUCAACAUGACACUUAACGGUGUAUCAGCACUUCACGAUAAGAAUGGAGCCUCGAACCCAACAGAUUCUUCAGAUUGUCAAUCCAUCACCUCUGCUAAAACAGCAUGCACUGACAGCGUUCCAAGUCGCGAUGCAGAAAAGUUUGAUUUUGCGUUCUUACCUUGUAGCACCCCUGUUGUGCAGUCAGUUGAUGUUAACAAUGGUACAGUUCAGACUGCGAUCACGAUAACUGGUGAGGGCUUUUCUACCAUCAACUGUCAAAAUGAGGUCAAAUUUGGAGGAUAUGAUUGUGUUGUCAUUUCAUCAAAUGAGUCAGAUAUUGUUUGUCAAAUGUCCAAGGAUGCUGCACCUGAGCUUGCAGUAUACCAUCAGCUGAGCCUUAGAGUUAAGAACAGAGGGAAGGCUCUCAUUGCACUCACGUCAGAUGUAAACAGAGGAUUUGCUCUGCUUCCAAAUAUCGAGAGUGUGUCACCUACAUCUGGAUCGAUGGCUGGUGGGGCUCUUCUCACUAUCACGGGGGCGGGGUUCUUGGAAAACCUGUACGUAACAAUCGAUGGAUAUCAGUGUCAAAUUGUUGAAUACUCAUACUCAGAAAUAAUUUGCAAGACUCCAGCUUCUGUCACUCAGGCUCAGAAGGACAUAAAAGUUGAAAUCAACGCCGGACAGCCUUUGCUGGCUGAAUGCCAAACAGCGGACGCAAUUUGUCGUUAUUCGUAUGCAACAAUUUGGACUCCCACUGCUGAGGCUAUCACUCCAAAUGCAAUGUCUGCCACAACAACCUUCACAAUAUCUGGCACAAAGUUUGGCACCAAUGUGUCUGCCAUUGAGGUGACAAUUGGUGGAGAAAUAGUUAAUGUUGAAAGUGUCGAAGAUGCAAACAUAAUAGUGUCCAUCGAUCACAUUCCUGCUGGUGAAAACGAUGUGGUUGUCAGAGUCAUGCAGCAUGGUGAAGCUCAAGGUAGUCUUACAGUCACAGGCACUCCAGUCGUUUCUACGGUAAUACCUUCAGUUGGUAGUAUCCAUGGCAACACAAGAAUAUCAAUUUCUGGAAGUGGCUUUGUUCAUGGGUCAACUGAGGUUCUGUUGGAUGGCGUUGCAUGUGAAAUUGUUACAAUAUCAUUGGCGGAGGUUGUUUGCACAACACCAGCGCAUACUGCAGCAACAGUAAAUGUAGCAGUAACAUCAAACGGACAAAGUUUCCCAACUGCAAGUUUUGCAUAUUCUACAAGUUCCACACCAACAAUAGCCUCUAUCAGCCCUGUGAUGGGACUGCCUGGCGAUAGUUUGGUCAUAUCAGGCUCCAACUUGGACGGUUCCAGUGUUGAUGUGAUGCUGGGCCCUACAGAAUGCACGAUAAUCUCAAAAUCAGCCUCACAGAUUACAUGUACUGUGGGAACUCACGAGACGGGAUCAGUGCCUGUCAGCGUGUUUGUUGAGGGCCUCGGGUCGUCUAACUCGAACAUUACCUUUCAGUUCCAGCUUACAUUGACCUCUGCAUUGCCAACCACAGGUGGAACAGCUGGUGGGCAAAGUCUAGUUCUUACUGGUACUGGUUUCUCUGAGAGUGCCAGUGUCACAGUGUGUGGUGUAACCUGUCCACGGAUCACAUCAACCACUACACAGUUUACAUGUAGAACUCCACCUAACACUGCUCAGACAUGUGGCAUAAGUAUAACAUUCAAUGGACUCUCCAAAACUCUACCAAGCUCAUACACCUAUGAUGCCAGUUUAACACCCACCAUAUCCGGUGUGACUCCUAGACGUGGCGGCACAGGGGGAGGUGUCAAUAUCACCAUUUCUGGAUCAGGGUUCGGGUCUUCAGUUCCCGCCACAAGUGUGUCAAUUGAUGGAGCUGCUUGCACACCAACAAGCGUCUCUGAUACACAGAUCCAGUGCCAGACUGGGGCCCAUUCUGGGUCGGUAGAUUCCAAGGUUGAAGUUCAAAUAUCUGGAAAUGGGAUAGCUGAAGAGUCGUCAGCGGGUGAUGCAGACUUCACUUAUAUCGACGUGUGGUCAUCCCCAUUCUCCUGGGGUGGUGGGCCCCUUCCCCAGACUGGAGAGUUUGUUGUGAUCCCUGCCGGACAGACCCUUCUACUGGAUACUGACACACCUGUGCUUGCUUUUCUACUGAUUCGAGGUGGUAAGCUGAUCUUUGACAACAAGAAAAUGGAGUUGCAGUCACAGGUCAUCAUGAUCACAGAUGGUGGUCUACUCCAAGUGGGAACUGAAGAGGAACCGUUCCAGCACAAGGCAAUCAUCACGCUUCAUGGACAUAGCCGAAACAAGGAACUGCCAAUAUAUGGAACAAAAGUACUCGCUGUUAGAAACGGGACACUUGACCUCCAUGGUAUUGAAGUACCACUAACCUGGACCAGACUUGCAUCGACUGCCAAUGCUGGUGCAAACUCUAUCACCCUUAUGCACCCAGUUGAAUGGAAUGUCGGGGAUGAAAUCGUUAUCGCAUCCACGGGUCACAGGCAUACUCAGCGAGAAAACGAGAAAAGAACGAUCCACUCAGUAUCAGGUGAUAAACAAACAUUGACGUUGACAGAGGCUUUAGAAUAUGAGCAUGUCAGUACGCAGGAGAUGUUUGAUGGGACUCUGGUUGAGUUCCGUGCAGAAGUCGGCCUGCUUACACACAAUGUGGUUGUCAGGGGAAACGAAGAUCCGCAGUGGCAGGAGGAGAUCAAGGCUUGUCCAGCUGGCUUUGAUACCGGAGAAUUCGCCGUUCAGACUUGUUUCCAGGGACGGUUUGGGGAUGAAAUUGGGUCCAGUCAGUUUGGUGCCAUGAUACUUGUUCAUGCUCCAGUCAUAGAUACACACGAAGCCAAAGCCAGACUCUCAUACGUAGAGGUGUACUUUGCCGGUCAAGCAUUUAGACUUGGUCGAUAUCCCGUACAUUUCCACAUGAAUGGAGACAUGUCCACGAGCUACGUCAGGGGACUCGGAAUUCACAAGACCUUCAACAGAGCGGUCAACAUUCACGGAACGCACAAUACUAUGGUGGAAAAGAACGUAAUUUUUGAUGUAAUGGGUGGUGCAAUGUUUCUUGAAGAUGGUGUCGAGACAGGAAAUACAUUCCAGUAUAACCUGGCCGUGUUUGUUCGAGAGAGUUCCAGUCUGCUCAACGAUGACGUAACUCCAGCCUCGUUUUGGGUGACAAACCCUAACAACACGAUUCAGCACAAUGCUGCGGCAGGAGGCACACACUUCGGGUACUGGUAUAGAAUGCACAGUCACCCCGAUGGACCGUCAUUCACCACCUCUGUCUGCCCACAAAACACAGAACUUGGCAUCUUCUAUAAUAACUCUGCCCAUUCCUUCGGAUGGUUUGGUCUGUGGGUAUUUGAGCACUAUUUCCCCAAGAAGGGUGGAUGUGGUGGCACUGAAGUAGCUCCAGCCGUGUUUGAACGUUUCUUCUCCUGGAAUAACGACAAAGGUGCAGAGGCUGUUAAUGUUGGUGCUCUCCAAUUUAAAGACUUUGUCCUCGUGCAAAACAGGCUGGCUGGUUACGAAGGGAAACUGAUAUCUGGUCUCCCUGGAUACGGUGAAAGCAGCUCUAUGGUGAAAGACUCUUUAAUUGUGGGUACCACAACAGUCAUUCCUAAUGAUGAACAAGGUUGCACAAGUGGUGGAGUGGUAUUUCCAUAUGGACGUGGAUUUAGACUGGUAAACGUCCGUUUUGUCAAUUUUGCUGACUCAUCCUGUGCUGCUAUGAGAUGGACCCGUAUCACGGGCACCUGCAGCUUCCUGUGCGGAGGGUUCAUCUAUCAUACUGAGGCACUAAAGUUUGUUAACGCACCAAACAAAGCAAUCUACGCCUGGGAUUGGGAAGGAAUAAUACUCGAUAAGGAUGGAACAGCAACUGGAAAAGCGGCUGGCAACUGGACCAUUCUUCCCACCACUGGCACCGUGCCAAGUGACUGUGAAAAUACUGCAGCUUUCAGCAUCGGGCAGCCAGCAAGCAUGUGUCCACCGCAACACAAGUGGCACAGAUAUGCCUUCAAAGACCCUUUGCCCAAAUCACUAGAAGGGAAAAAUUUUACCAUUGAAAACCAGUAUGGUAUCACUCAAGUUCAGUUUGCCAAGAAGCGUAUCACCCACAAGCCAGGUUGGAUGUGUGCACUGUUGAGCAAAGCCAGCUACAAAUUCAGCUUUCAGAAUGGUGAGCAGAUAAAGAACAUCAGUUGGGUUGGAAGGUUUGAUGAUCUUGAAGGUGAGGAUUAUAUUGUGACAAGAACGGCAAUGGCCCAACUUCCGGACCGAUUGUCAAUAGAUGGCGGAAAUUCCUUCAUUAACAUGACGGUCGGUUUGAACCCAGCAACAGCCAAACAUGGGGACUGGGAAUGGGAUAACGACAAUGAUGAAAUUAAAUUUGUUGUACAUGCCCAAAAACGCAGCAGGCGUGCUGUGGACCUUGCCCAAGCAGAGCGAUCUGUCAGUUUCACUGCUUUCAAAUGCUAUUAUGCUAACUGCAUCCCCCCUCCUGACCCAAACACUGUUCCCCCGGCAACAGUGCGGCCUGCAGAGUUCGACUACUGGGACGAUACCACCAUCUGGAACACCACUGACGAUGGCUAUUUGGUCAACAUCGGCGGAAAUGCUGGGAUUCCUCAAGACUUUGAUAAUGUGAAAAUAGCAUUUGAAAGGUGGAUGAUUGUCAACAUAACUUCAAUAAUCAAACUUGGAACAUUACUCCUUGAAGGUGUACUAGAGUUUUACAGCAUGCCAGAUGCAGUUUACCAGAUUGAAGCAGAUUUCAUAAUUAUCCGUGGUGGGCGCCUGAUUAUCGGCUGGCCUGAUGAACCUUUCCAAGGUCUUGCCACCAUCACACUGCGUGGCAACCACUCCAGCCCUACUUUUGAUGCAGGGACAGGGCCAGCCUUAGGCUCCAAGGCCAUUGGUGUAUUUGGAGGCCUUGACCUGUUUGGGAAGGAGGUUGGUACGACAUGGACCCAGCUGGCACUCACAGCUGAGGCAGGAGAGGACACCAUCAUGCUAGCCCAGCCUGUCGAGUGGUCUGUUGGGGACAACAUCGUUAUUGGACCGACCAGUUACAACCCUUGGGAAACAGAGGCAUUCCAAAUAACGAGCGUGGCCGACAACAAUAUGAAUUUGACAUUGAAUGAUACUCUAAAAUACCGACAUGUUGCCCACUAUGAGCUGCUGAACAGUGGUCAUGAGAUAGAUGUGGGUGCGGGAGUAGGCCUUCUGUCACACAACAUCAAGGUGAUUGGCGAAGACUACGAGGAUAUGUACGAGGAAUCCUUCGGAGCUCGAAUACUUGUAGGACUGGUUGUACACGAAGGACGUUCUUACUCAGGAUAUGCUCGACUUUCCAAUGUUGAGUUCUACCACACUGGGCAGGAAGGAUUUACUGAGGAAUACGACCCCAGGUUCUCAGUGGCUUACGUUGCCGUGGGAACCGUUAGCAACGUGAAGCCUUCCAAGGUCACUAAGUGCUCGUUUCACAACGGCUUCAACACUGCUGUAGGCGCAUUUGGUAUUGGCGGUCUUGACAUUUCUGAGAAUGUCGUCUAUGGAACAGUGGGAAAUGGUCUUGCUACGAGUUCAGAUGAUACCAGUAUCCUAAACAACUUCAUCACUCUUGUGAUAGCCACAGCAAGCUAUCAGGACCGAUUUGAAGAGUUCAAUCCAAGGUGGGAGGCGGGAAUAGAAGCUAGUGAUGCUCAGGACUUAGUUCUCCAAGGGAACCUAGUCUCUGGGGCUGAGAGACUUGCCUAUCACGUGAAACCAGUGUCAUGCAAUGACACAUCAGGUAGAUAUCAAAACAACAAGGCAUUCGCCAACCUUCUUGGUGUGGUGGUGCUUCCUGCAGAUGAAUUGCCUGAAGAUGCGGUGGAUUGCGUCAUGCUCAGUAACUUCACAGUUUGGAAGAGUCACGAUAUUGGUAUCUACUACCAGAAUAGUCUGAGUUACAAAGCUGUGGGAAAUGUACUCAUUGAGAAUACCAAUGGACUGUUUUCUAUAAUCAACGGUCCAAGUGCUUCAUCCCAUGCGUUUGAAAAUAAAAGGAUAAAUGUAGAAGAAAACCUUUUUGUUGGACAGACAAGUUCGUUCAAUUGUUCCAUCGAUGUGACGCCGCCAGUUGAUGCCAAUAUUGUAUUGAGUGAAAAUGCACGAGCAACUAGGGCGCCAGGUGGAGGAAUGAUUGGUUUUGUAUUCCCUCAGAUGUUGUCAGCCCCGAAUGGUGCACCAUUAAAACCCUUUACUGGUAUCAAGAGUUAUAACGCCAUUGGUGGGUUGCUAGUGGCCAAGAAAAACACUUUUGCCAAGUAUGGUAACCUAGGAUGUACGUCCGAAGGAAAUUUUGCUAUAGCAACCAGUCAGAGCAAUGACGAUGGCCAACACCCUGUUGAGAUUUCAGAGUCACAAAUGGAGGACAUUAAAGAGGAUAACAAAAUAAUUAUCCACAGACCAAAUAUUGGCUUGAUUAACUCCGCAGACUGUGUGGACAUGGAUUGUGAUGCCUUGAAAAAGGCCCUAUUCAAGGAUCUUGACGGAACAUUCCUGGGGUCCGUCGGUUCAGUAAUCUCCCAGUCUGAGUUCGAGUGGAAUGGAGACCCUAGAAGGGGCCUUGGUGACUACAGAAUCCCCAAGGAAAUGGUGACACGCCUGGAUGGAUCUAGGAUCCCAUAUGAUCUUAUGAUGCCAAACAAAGGUAUUCUUCGAAACAACAACUGUACGUACCGCCCCAGCUGGCAGUCAUAUCAGUGUGAAAACGACAUAGACCACGAAAUGCUCAUCAUUGAAAGCAUGGACUCGGACACAGAGACACGGCGCCUCUCUCCUGUGGCCGUGCUGGGUAAAGGAUACAUUGACCUCAUUAACGGACCACAGGACCACGGCUGGUGUAGCGGUUACACCUGUCGCAAACGACUGUCAACAUUCAUGGCCAUCGUUGCAACAGGUGAAGACUUUUUGAUGCACUUCACAAGUACAACACCGGAGAAGAUGAGAUACAGGCUUCUGAAUGUGGGGCCAAAUGAAGGUGUAAAACUCACUGUCUGGUAUUCACGCCCAAACAGACUGGACCUGUUUGUUGACGGUGUGUAUAAGAUGGCUACAAAUGCGCACAUUGAUGGUAAUGGACGAUACAUCAUAAAGAUGCCUACAGGUAACGAAUACGAACCUAUGAUAGUGAAUGGAACUGGAACCAACUUUUUUGACAAAGACCGGGGUGAGCUUACCUUCAUCAUUCAGGGCCCUCAGAGAAUAGAUGUGGUCUCCCAGCAAACUGUCAUCGUUUCAUUCUCCAUUCCCGCUCUAACCGUGGAGGAAUUUUAUUUCGGAGCUAAUAUUAUAGAGAACAUUGCAGCCUUCUUGAACAUUCCUCUCACAAAGGUCCGCAUUGUCAAUGUUGUCAGUGCCUCCUCUGCAAAUGGGCGACGCAAGAGGUCGUCAGAUGGAAUUAUAGUGGAGUUUGAAAUCGGCAAUGAGCCUGUUACAAACAUCAAUGACACAGCACCAGAUGGCAUAACAUAUGAGAAUCUCCUCGCCUUCACCACUGCCCUGGUCAAUGAAUGUCAGUUGGGGAAUGUGUCUCAGACCUUGAAUGUGUCUGGAUCCUGCGAAUCCAUCCAGCUGCCAUCCACUGACCCAGCUAUUGGGACCAUAGUGUACAACACGCCAACCCCAGACCAUCUGUUCUUCCAGACCAGUCUAAAGGCCACGUAUGAAGGGGCACUAUUGUCAAGACAGCCCAGGAUUCAAGUCGCUACAAUCAAUGACAUAGUUAUCACUGAGCUGGGUACCACACAGAGUCCAUGGACCAUGGAAGUCAGCAUACGGCCUGGAACCGGUCAUCCCAACGCCCAACUUCUGGGAACACUUAAUGUCACCGCAGAAAAUGGCUGGUUUAACUUCUCAGACCUGGCCAUCACACAUAUGGGCUCUGACUAUGUGCUGGAUUUUAAGAUAAUCUCGCCUGUUGAGGCUGAGAAUUUCUCGCUCGCUGCAGAGGAAUUCAGUGUUGCAGCCAAGCCUCUGGAGGUACACGUGGUCUCCAUGACAGCGGGAACCAUCGUGGAGGAUGUACCGUUUGAUGUCACCCUCGGCUUGAGAGAUGAAGUAUCGGGUGAUCUCCUGCAAGAUCUAUACUGGAGGGAUCACCAAUGGACAGUCGAAGUAAGCAUGCUGGCCACUUCACAAUACACUGACCUUGAGGGUGCCAUGGCAACGACCUUUGACCCUUUCUCAGGUCAGGCAUCAUUCCCUAACCUUACAAUGACAGGGUUUGGUGUCUACUAUCUGCAGUUCCGUGUUGUAUCAGAUCCAGCGGACUUUGACUUGACCCUUGACCUUAAGUUGGAGGUCAUGAGUGCCAAUCAUGCUGGUGUAACGCCUGAAGAUGACAAAGAAGUGAAGGUGAAAUUUGAGGCAGACUUCAAAACUGUGCUGCCCACAGAGGCAAAGCAGAGGGAGUUUGAACAGAUGAUCCUUAACGAGUUUGCCCACAUGUGGCCUGAUGUCAUGUUGUCUUCUGGAAACGUGUAUGAAGGAAGCAUAGUUGUUUCCUUUGUGAUUGCUGGUAACGUCAGCACAAUCAACACGACUGCAUACGCCCUAUGUGAGAGCAUCCACAACAAAACUGAGUACAGUUUCAACGGCAACAAUCUUGAACUUGCACCCUACCUGACUGUCAAUGGGGAGACAUUGUAUGGAGUCAAAUGUGGAGAAAUACCGGAGUCUCCUGUGAAAGAAAGCAUGGCGCCCUGGCUGAUUGCAGUUAUCGUUCUGAGCUGUUUGGUUGCCAUAGCAAUAGUGGUGGUUCUUGUGUGGGUGUGCUGCAUCAAGCCCAAGAACAAAACUAACGACGUUUUCAAAGGCACGCUGUACCCAAGCGGGAAGCCAGAGGAAAACACACUGUUCAAGGACGACACAUUCACCAGCAUGGACUUCAGCAAGGGGACACCACCCUCAGCCACCAAUCUGACCCCGCUGACAAGUGAUCAACGCCCUCUCUCAGCAUUCUCAUUGAACAUGCCUGGCCCUGAGCAACCGAUGCCAGCCAAGACGGCGUUCCAAGGAUUUCAUGGUUACAUGGCCACCUUGUCUCCACCACCAUCCGCUAAUGGAUCGGCCCUCUAUCUGGAUCCACGCGAACACUCUGCUGUGAGCCGACGUAGAAGCCCCAGUCCAUCGCGAGGUUCGGGCUCCCCCAUGCUGCAUGGAUCCUCUCCCUCUGACGGUGGUAGUCCCCUGCCACCUGUGGGAAGGGACCUGUACCACGGUGACUACAUCACCAGCCCUAUGCCUCGCUCAGUGAGCCCACACCUUCCCUCGCCGAGUCCGGUGCCGAGUCCAGUGCCCUCUCUGAAAGGGAUGGUGAAAGUUAGUCCGGCACCCAUUCGAACCCGUGACUUCAUAUAUUAGACCUUUUUCGAUCUGUAUCUUUUGUGUGUAAUAUAUGACUUACUCUCUACUGCAAUUCAGUUAGGGAUAAUGAAUUUUCUGUGAUAAUAAUAUUCUUAUAAAAUAACAGUACAAUUAGGUUUAAUCCGCAUGACAUUGUUUUGAAUUGUAUGAUCUUCUUGCUUCUGUAAUGCAAAAGGAUCAUACUGAUUGUCUUUUUUGUGGCAUAUGUAGUAAUAUUUACAAUGUCUUUUAAUGUGAAUCUCUACUACAACAAAUAAAUAACUAAACAAUUGCACUUGUAAACAUGACCAAUGAACAAAUAUAACGCAAUCUUGCAUGGAUUUAAUAUGACGCAAUCUUGCGUUUAUUUUAUAUGACACAAUCCUGCAUGGACUUGUAUGGACUGCCUUGGUAGACAUAAUCUUAACAUGCAGUUGUCUACUACCAAACAUACUUGUUUACUUAUAAAGUUAUUUUGGAAGAUUAUUCACAUACCACACACAAACUUUCAAACUCAGUUUAACCUUACCAAAUUUGGACUUAUGCAAAUGUACUUCAUUUUAUUGUGUGGUAUGUGAUGUCUAUGUGUUUGAAACACUGUAUGAUUUGUAUUAAUUGUCUUAAUUGUUGCACAUCUAAAAUGCGCAAUGAAGAGUAUUUCUGUGAUAUAAUCUUAAGUCUGUGAUUUAUAUGUAUUACUUGCAUUUGUUUUAUUAAUAUCUUAUCUUAUACAACUCUGUCCUAUUUUUAUUAUGUCAGCAAUAAACUUUACGAACAAUC